ACAAGCAGCACAUUGCCCUCUUCACACGCUUCACCCCACACACGUCGACGAAAUCUGUCAAGAUGGUGAACGUUCCCAAGACCCGCCGAACCUACUGCAAGGGCAGGGAUUGCCACAAGCAUACCGUCCACAAGGUCACACAAUACAAGGCGGGCAAGGCAUCGCUGUUCGCACAGGGAAAGAGGCGUUAUGACCGCAAGCAGUCCGGUUACGGAGGUCAAACAAAACCCGUGUUCCACAAGCGUGCGAAGACUACCAAGAAAGUCGUGCUGAGAUUGGAAUGUAACGUUUGCAAGACUAAGGCGCAGCUCGCGCUCAAGCGGUGCAAGCACUUCGAGCUUGGUGGUGACAAGAAGACCAAGGGUGCGGCGCUCGUCUUCUAGAUGCACAACUUUCCUUCUCUUGUCGUGUUCUUCUGGGAUAUGGGAAUGGUUGAGGGCAUGCAUUGGGGUUGUCGUGGAGAUGAAGGAGGGGUGCACUACUCAUGCAUCCGGGCCGAGGAUGAUUGACGCAUCAGACAACAAAUCCUUGACUGGCUACGUACUGUGAGCAAUGAGCGAUGUGCAAUCGGCGACAUUUUGAAACCCAUGACUUGAGCCUACUAAUCAGUAAUUCGGUAUACUAAUCAGCAUUCUGCAACCUACCUACU